CAUAAAGCACCAUUUCAAAUCAGUCCUCACCCAAACCACAAGCCGCAGCCCCGCAGCACACGCGCACCACCAGGCACCCGACCCACACCCGCGCCGCUCCCCCUCCGACCCCAGCCGCUCCGGCGAAGUCACCGGCGAAGGCGGCGUCAGCCAUGAGGGAGAUCCUGCACAUCCAGGGCGGGCAGUGCGGGAACCAGAUCGGCGCCAAGUUCUGGGAGGUGAUCUGCGACGAGCACGGCAUCGACGCCACGGGCCGCUACGCGGGGGACUCGGACCUCCAGCUCGAGCGCAUCAACGUCUACUACAACGAGGCCAGCGGGGGGCGGUUCGUGCCUCGCGCCGUGCUCAUGGACCUCGAGCCAGGGACCAUGGACUCCGUGCGCUCGGGCCCCUUCGGCCAGAUCUUCCGCCCCGACAACUUCGUCUUCGGCCAGUCCGGCGCCGGCAACAACUGGGCCAAGGGACACUACACCGAGGGCGCCGAGCUCAUCGACUCCGUCCUCGACGUCGUCCGCAAGGAGGCCGAGAACUGCGACUGCCUCCAGGGUUUCCAAGUUUGCCAUUCGUUGGGAGGAGGCACUGGAUCUGGCAUGGGCACCCUUCUUAUUUCUAAGAUCAGGGAGGAGUACCCUGAUAGGAUGAUGUUGACCUUCUCUGUCUUCCCAUCGCCAAAAGUUUCAGAUACUGUUGUGGAGCCAUACAAUGCUACACUUUCGGUUCACCAACUUGUUGAGAAUGCUGAUGAAUGUAUGGUGCUUGACAAUGAAGCUCUGUAUGACAUAUGCUUCCGCACGCUAAAGCUCGCCACCCCUACCUUUGGUGACCUGAACCAUCUUAUCUCUGCUACCAUGAGUGGUGUCACAUGCUGCCUGAGGUUCCCUGGUCAGCUCAACUCCGACCUGCGCAAGCUUGCUGUGAACCUCAUCCCGUUCCCUCGUCUCCAUUUCUUCAUGGUUGGCUUUGCGCCGCUGACCUCACGUGGAUCGCAGCAGUACCGUGCCCUCACCGUCCCUGAGCUGACUCAGCAGAUGUGGGAUGCCAAGAACAUGAUGUGCGCCGCCGACCCCCGCCAUGGCCGCUACCUCACGGCCUCAGCCAUGUUCCGCGGGAAGAUGAGCACCAAGGAGGUGGACGAGCAGAUGCUCAACGUCCAGAACAAGAACUCUUCCUACUUCGUGGAGUGGAUCCCCAACAACGUCAAGUCCAGCGUGUGUGACAUCCCGCCCAAGGGGCUGAAGAUGGCGGGCACCUUCGUGGGGAACUCCACCUCCAUCCAGGAGAUGUUCCGCAGGGUGAGCGAGCAGUUCACCGCCAUGUUCAGGCGCAAGGCCUUCUUGCACUGGUACACCGGUGAGGGCAUGGACGAGAUGGAGUUCACCGAGGCUGAGAGCAACAUGAACGACCUGGUUGCAGAGUACCAGCAGUACCAGGAUGCCACCGCUGACGAGGAGUACGAGGAUGAGGAGGAAGAGGAAGCUGUGGCCGAAUAGCGAUGAGCGGCCGUCGCCGGCCAGGUUGUGUCCCUGUGAAUUGAGUUUGUCUUCUAUGCUUCUCGUGGCUUUUGCAUGAUGGAUUGAUCACGUACAUUGUCGUCGUCGUUGAGGUUGCGUCUGUGCUUCGGCUGCGGUCACCUGUAAUGUACCUACUGUAAUAGGUCGCCGUCCGUUUCUGCUCCGCAUCCCGUGGACCUUGGUCAAGUAGCUUAUGGCUUUGCACUGAUAGUGCUCUCCUCGAGCUGGUCGCCUGUAAUUUCUGACGAGUAUUGGUAGUAGUGAGUGAUUUCCCAUCUCUGUUAAA